UGCAAGUGAAAUGAAAUGUGAAGUUUGUUCAGUGUUUCUUUCGCUGUAAAUCAACACAUGAGCUUAUUAUGAAGUAUCAUAUUCACUGUGGUUUGUUAUACGCUGUAACAUGUGACAAUUAAUUCACAUACAGAUUCAUAUCAUGUUAAUAUAAACAGAGAUAUAACGUGUAUGUUAUUGUGUUGUGGUCAGCCAUGAAGUCAAAGCAACAGGUGGACGCGAGUGUCUAUAGAUGGCUGUAAAAUGGAGCAGGUUAUUGACAAGGACUCAAGAAACAGAGAGAUGUUGGUCAGAUUCUUCGAGAGUCAAGGAAUCAUUCACAAACAAUUUGUUUCACCAGGUCAGACGAUGAAAUGCGCCUUGGCUUUGUUGGUAUGCAGCUCAGACAUACACCCUCGCCCCUCAUACCGCGCUGAAAUUACUAGCGCACACUAUCACGUCUUGUUAGACUUUGCUGCGACGUACAACAGGAAUGCACCAUAUUCUGAACCGGAUUGCUAUUCAUCUUGCAGCAUAUUUUGGCCCUACAAAUCACACGCCGUAUCAGAACUGAAGAGAAAGUAUCGGGCCACUUCCGCACCUGUUCGGGCAACACCUGCGCCUUUCGAGGAAGGAAGGUUGGACAUUGCGUGUGUGCGUACCUUGUGCUAUGUCGUGCAGUGCGAACGGAUGUAACAGUGAGAUGUCGCGGAUUCACCCUACUACAACUAAUGAAGCGCAUUUGCUUCAAAUCAACAGCGACCUCUUAGCAGAAAACACUGCAAGAACCCAAAAUGAACAGCAGCUAUACUUAGCUUGGCAACAAUCCCAGAUGGAUAAAGAGCAGAUGCAAUCAGCGAUUCAUGCCCUCAAUGAAUUGCUUCAGUUAAUGAAACUAGAACUGGAAACUUUAAAAUUAAACCAAAAUCCAAGUGAAACAAUCCCACAAGAAGCAGAAAUGAAUAAUGAUGACCUUGCUGACGAUACCAAAUGGAUAGGAGUUCAAAAUAGCAGGAAAAGAAGGAAGUUGGCCGAUGAAAAAUCAUAGAACCAAGCUACAGAACACAAAGACAAAGCAAACACUACUGCUUCACAGUCACAAACCAAAUAGUCAGACAAACCCCCACCCAUUAUGAUAACGGGUGUUGAAAAUCACGAGGACUUGACCUCAAUUAUAAAACAAGCCUUUGGUGAAGAACAAUGUCAA